AGAACUAAAAAUUUUUGACAGUGACAUUAGUGCUAUUAUUUUUAAGGUUAAUUUAUUAAUUUUUUAUAUACAUAUAAAUAUAUUUAUAUGUAUAUGAUUUUUUUAUAUUAUUUCAAAAAUACUUGUUUUCCACAAUUUACAGAUAACGAAUUUUAUGCGUUUUUUAUCAGCAUUAAAAGAAUGACUAAUAUCUAAAAAAAAUGGGUAACAGAGCAACUAGGAGUUUAGAAAGUUUCAUCGAUUUUCAAAAUAUAAUGCCGAAACAUUACACAUCUGUUGCCGAUUUUAAGUUUCACGAUCCCUUAUAUGAAGAAGAAGAAUUUAACGGUUUAGUUUUUAACAGCAUAUUCAUUCCUGAAGAAGUCCUAACACAAAUAUUAAGCUUCAUCCCGCCUAAAGAGUUGUUGCCAUUGACAUUAGUUUGCAAAAAGUGGUGCAACAUUAUCAAAUCCGAAUGUAUUUGGAUGGAAAUUUACAACAAAGGGCACACUCACAGGGCGAAACUGCUACCUUGGUACGUCUACUAUUUGUAUUUCACCACCGACAGCUUUACAAACUUGCUAAAAAACGGUAACGGUAAAGACGGUUUCAAAAAUUGGGUGAUAUUGAAGAAUCUGGGAGAUCAAUUCAAAAUCGAAGAUCCUCCAAAGGGAAGCGAUCCUCUUCCUGAAGGUGUGCCAGACUUCAAUGGACACACGAGCUGCUUCGUCACGUCUUAUUACGAGUGCAACAAAAUCCAGGAAAUCCAGUUAGAGAAUAAACGUCUUUUAAGGUAUGUAAUGAAUAAGUACAGACCACAAAUAGCAGCAUCUGAAUGGGUAGCAGCAAGGUUCGAUUGCGGUUGCGAAUACAAGUUAACAUUUAGAGGAUUCGGUCCAAAUUACUUGCCAAAGGAACCGAACGAAUAUGUGGAUGAAGAAGAAAUUGAAGAUGCUCUGUUUGAAAAGCACAAAUCUGUUCGAUUCGAACAAUGGGCCGGAAAGUCUUGGGAAAAAGUAGAACUAUUGGUGGAAGAUUAUCCUAAAAACGUGAAAACCUUGGUGUUUGAACAUGAAGGUAACGAUACACAGUUUUGGAAAGGCCAUUACGGAAGCAAAAUGGCUGGAGGUGUUGUUAAAUUUUUGUUCGAGAGUAUUGAAUCUGAAAGAGACUGAAUUGUAAGCAGAAUAUGCGUCAAUAUAUCUAUUACUAAUAUACAAGCUUAAUAUAAUAUAUGCUUAAUAAAUUUAAGUGUCACAUACCAAAUUUUUAUGAAUUUAAAAUGUGGUAAAAUAUUUAAAUUUCGUAAUAAUAUUUACUAUGUGUUAAUUGUUCAACAAAUGGUGUUAUGUUAAAAUUUGCACGUUAAGUUUUUAUGAAAUUAUAUUUCCUGUUUUAG